UUGUCCAGGAAGCGGGAGGCUCUCAGAGAGCGAGCUGACUUAGGAGCUGACUGCGUGAGAUGUUUCUGGGAGAGAGACCCCAAGCAGAGGGCCCUGACCACUGAGCAAGCACUCUCUCUCCUGGUUAUCCCCUGCCUUUCCCCUUGCCGUUGCCUGAGCCCAUCCUGAUCAAGGGUGAGCCAGUGGGGAUUUGGAGCUGGGAGGAGAUGGUUGGGUCAUCGCCCUGCUUUCUAGCUCCCCUGAUUGGCAAGUCCUCCUGGAAAUGAAUGGGGCAGAGGCUUUCCCUGAUGGAGUCUCACUGCCCUGGGGAUCUCCUUUAACAGACUUCUUGGGUGAUGAUUUCAGCAAAGGGGGAGAGAUUAAAGGCCCUUUGCAUCAAUCUGGACCCAUUCAAGGCUGUGAGAGCUUAAUUCCUCUGCCUCCUUCCCUGGUUCAGAACCUCCCCCACACUGGUCAAUUAAGAUACUGAAUUCACUUUCCCUCCUAAAACCGUAACUCUGCUACCUGUGGUAACAUCUCCAGGGUUCAUGAACCCCUGGGAGGACCUGGUAGCUUCAGGGGAGCAGACAGAGGGAGAAGUAGCAGCUGUGUCCUCUAAACAAUAAAAACAGAGAAGAUGCAGUCAUCCCAGGGGACCCAGGCUGGGUCAAGCCUGAAUCACCUUUUGGGGAACCGGAAGCUGAUGGCCAUGGGAGCUAUGGUGGGAUGGCUGCUGAUGGUGCACCUACUGGUCAACGUGUGGCUGCUGUGUAUCCUCUCAGUAUUGCUGGUGGCUCUGGGGGGCUGGGUGGGCUCACAGGCUAUGAUGGGGGUCACUGGCCGACUGCAUUUAGAGCGCUUCAUCACACUGUCAAGCUGCCCUACCAGCCCUGAGGCCGAGAGCCAGCUGGACCAAGAGAUCGACCACACCAUUCAGAAGAUCAUCCGGGACUUUGUGUCUUCAUGGUACUCUACAGUAAGCAAUGAGCCAGCCUUUGAGGAGGAGGUACGGGCGGCAAUGACAGGUAUGGCCCAGGAGCUCAGGAGAAGGAUGGGAAUGGUGGACAGACAAGACCUAACCCACAGGGUUCUGACACUGUGUGGCUGCCACCUGCAGAGCUACAUGAAGGCAAAGGAGGCCACAGGGAGGCUGGGUGUCCAAGCUGAGCCAUCUCAACUUUGGGAAGCAUACUGCCAAGCCACUGCCUCCCACCCUGCUGUGCAGAGCCCCAGGGCAGAAGUGAACUAUGCCAGGGGCAUUGUGGACCUGAUACUCCAGGGGCUGACACCCAAGCCCCAUCUGGAAACCAGGACAGGGCGCUAUGUGGUUGUGGAGCUCAUCACAUGCAAUGUGCUCCUGCCACUCAUUAGCAAGAUGUCUGAUCCGGAUUGGAUCCACCUUGUACUAGUUGGCAUCUUUUCCAAGGCCAAAGCAGGCACAACUGAAGAGGCUGAGUCAGCCUGCCCAGCAAAGCAACCCAAUCAGCCCCUGGUGCCCAGGUCCUUGCCACUUACUAUUCCAGUGGAAAAGCUGCCCGAGAUAAGAAGUCUCUCUCCAGCAGGAGCCUUGACACUUCCAAACUACAGCGGGCCAGAGAGGCUAGGAGGGCACUCCCCAGAGGUGGAAGAAGGCCAAGAGGCUCUAGAAGGAGUACUGAAUAUGGAAUCAGAGGGUAAAAAGUCAGGAAACAGUGCAUCCCACUUUCUGCAACCAGAUACCCGAGGGCCCCUGUUCUUGUGUGAGGACUCAGAACUGGACUCACCUCUUUCUGACCUGGGCAAAGACACAGAUUCUAUCAUGCUCAUGACUCCCAGCGACUUCCUCACUGACAGGCUUCAGGAUGCCCUAACUGCCCUGGAGGGUGGCACAGAGGCUCUGGAGCCGGAGGAAGGAGAGGGACCUGAAGGUACAGAAACUGAGGAAGGUCCAGAGGUAGACGCAGGCUUGUUGGCCUCCAUGCUCAAGCCCUGCCCAGAAAUCCAGAUCAACUCAGCAGAGAAAGAAGACGAACAAGAAGACCUCACCUCCCUAACGGCUUUGCUGGAAGGGCCAGAGAGAACCUGUCUUCCUCGGCCUUCAUGCCUCGAGAAGGAUCUAACCAAUGAUGUUAGUCCCCUGGACCCCAGCCUGCCCCAGGUUUUGCUCUCCUCCUCUCCACCAGGUCCCCUAAGUUCAGCCACCUUCAGCUUUGAGCCCCUCAGCAGCCCCGAUGGCCCGGUUGUCAUUCAAAACCUACGGAUCACUGGAACCAUCACAGCUCGGGAGCACAGCGGAACCAGUUUCCACCCCUAUACUCUCUACACAGUGAAGUAUGAGACAGCUCUUGACAGUGAGAACAGCAGCGGCCUUCAGCAGGUGGCCUACCAUACUGUGAACCGUCGCUAUCGAGAGUUCCUGAACCUGCAGACCAGACUGGAGGAGAAGCCGGACCUACGGAAGUUCAUCAAAAAUGUGAAGGGUCCCAAGAAGCUCUUUCCCGAUCUUCCAUUUGGAAACAUGGACAGCGACAGGGUAGAAGCCCGUAAGAGUCUUCUGGAAUCAUUCCUGAAGCAACUGUGUGCCAUCCCUGAGAUUGCCAACAGUGAAGAGGUGCAAGAAUUCCUGGCUCUCAACACAGAUGCUCGAAUUGCCUUUGUCAAGAAACCUUUCAUGGUCUCAAGAAUAGACAAGAUGGUAGUUAGUGCCAUAGUGGAUACCUUAAAGACUGCGUUUCCUCGCUCAGAACCCCAGAGCCCUACAGAAGAUCUGAGUGAAGCAGAGACAGAUGGCAAGCCUCAGACAGAGGGCAAGAAGGCCAAUAAGUCUAGGCUAAGAUUCCCAUCUAGCAAAAUAGCUCCUGUAUUAAAUGUGGCUGAAUCGCAUGAGAAGGUCUUAUAUUGCCUCCGGGAAAGUAAUGUGGAGUCAGACAUCCUGUCAAUCUCUGGGAUGGAGUCGUUUAUUGAAAAGCAGAGCAAGUUCCUGGAAAUACAGGCAGAAGAAGCCUUGGAAAAGGAUUCUGAGCAGACCCCCAAAGAAUGCACAGAUGACUGCAGUGAGAGCCCCUCAGAUAAUGCUGCUUCAGCUCCAGAUGAGAGCAACAGUGACCAAGAGUCAGAGACAGCAUUAGCUGACACAGCCCUGGACCUUCUUCUCUUGCUGAUGAUGGAGCAAUGGAGAUGGCUAUGUACUGAGAACAUGCAGAAAGCCCUUCAUCUUCUCUUUGGGACCCUGAUACAGAGGUGGCUAGAGGUACAGGUAGCUAAUCUGACAUGCCCCCAGCGCUGGGUCCAGUAUCUCCGGCUCCUGCAGGAGUCCAUCUGGCCAGGGGGCAGCCUGCCAGUGCUGCCGAAGCCUCUGAGAACACAGAAACAGAAGGAAGCUACAGAGGAGCAAGCUCUGCAAAGCCUGAUGGGAGUCCUGCCAGACUUGGUAGUGGAAAUCCUUGGAGCAAACAAGUGCCGCCUGAGCUGGGGUUUGGUCCUGGAGUCUCUGCAGCAGCCCCUCAUCAACAGGCACUUAAUUUAUUGCCUCUGGGAUAUCAUCCUGGAGUUCCUGGAUCUCAGUGCCUCUGCUGAGGAGUCUGCCACGACCACGCCUGCUCCAGACACACCAAGUAACCCCAGGAAGACAGGGGUCUCCCCCUGACUACUGAGCACUCCUCAUAAAUGUUCUGGAUAGGGCUAGAGAAAGAGAAUGAAUUUCCGAGUUGUAACGUUCAAGAUAUCUCAGCUCCCUGGGAGGCAGGACCAGAAGACUAUGCUCUCAGCAGUUAUAUGGUGAAAGCAAGAGUGACUGAGAAAGUCUUGUGGCAUAGCUGCUGUCCCCAGCAACCAAUUCUAUUGUUGGCAAAUGAUCACCCAAGUUUGCAAUUAGGGAUGAAUAUGUUACCUGCAUGCCCAUCCAUUUCCAUGGUUCCUUAAUCUCAGUUGGCUUGCUAGUAGUGGGUGGAGCCUGAUUUCUUUAGAAAAAACACUGGGAAUUGAAGAAGGGGUGGAGUACAUCCUAUCCUAUUCCUUUCUUUGCCAAUCUCUACCGUGCAAUGUUGACACCUGACUAUCACUUGGCCCCAUGCAACUCCUUUGCCACAUAGGUUCUGGUCAAAACAGAGGAAAACUACUGCCAGGUCCUCUUAGGGAAAAGACUGCCUCUCUCUGGGACCUUCCUCCCUCCUGAAAGGAAAUGAAACUCAGGGCAAUGACAUCAAGUAGCAGGGAAAGUGUAUUCAGUUGUCCUACUUGGUUUCUUCUAUCAGGAGAGGAGAGAGAGAAAGUGCUUGAUUCACUGCUAUUGGCUCCUUGUCUGUGUCCUCAUGCAUAAGCUUUCUAAGAGAAGACACUAGAUUUCCUCUUAGUCAGCAUCCUUCUACCUGUCCUGAACUUCUGGUGAAUCCCCUGAGGGCUCCUCCCCUCUCCUCCCACAUCUUUCCUGGUAAGACCUACCCUUCAGGGUUUUUUGGUUCAUUUCUGCCUCCUCAGAAUUUGGGAGGACGCUCAAGUUCCAUUUCCCUGAACCAGAAGCAUGGGAGGAAGGGAAUCUGCAGCUUCAACUUCCUGGGCCAGCAUCUAGGGAAGAGAAAGAAAAAUCUUGCACAAAGUCAAGGAUAUAUUGGUCCUCCUUAUUCUGAGACAUUUAAGGAAAUGGAACCAAGAGUCUAUGGGGCUCUUUCUUCAUCCUCUUCUAAAAGUUACAGUUCACAGCAAAAGGCUUUAGGACCUAUUUUAUUACACCACAAAAGCUUUUUCACUUCUUGUUCACAGAUGAGAAAACAGAUCUGACCUAUCAGGUUAAAUCUAUUUCCUUGGAUUAAAUAAAAGGCG